AUGGCAGAUGCAGUGGUGAAUUUUCUGGUAGAGAACCUGUUGCAGCUAUUAAGUGAUAAUGUAAAGCUGAUCGGAAGUGCAAAGGGAGAGUUAGAGAAUCUGCUGAAAGAAGUUCAACACCUAAAAGGCUUCUUAGACGAUGCUGCAAAAUUACCAAGCGAUAGCGAGCAGUGGAAAGUGUUGGUCGAGGAGAUUCAAAAAACGGUACAUACCGCAGAGGAUGCUGUUGAUAAGUUUGUGGUUCAGGCGAAGCUGCACAAAGAGAAAAAUAAAAUGGCAAGAAUUUUGGAUGUGGGUCAUCUCGCUACAGUCAGGAAUCUUGCAGCUGAGGUCAAAGGAAUUCAUGACCAAGUGAAGGAACUUCGCCUAAACAAUCAAGCUCUUCAAGCACGCCCAACUCUUGAGCUGCCUAAAAAAGGUGCCCCUGAAACAACUCAGCAGGGUCCUGCAUUGGAGGAUGAUGAAGUUGUCGGCUUUGAUGAGGAAGCGAACAAAGUGAUCGAGCGACUUGUUAAAGAAUCAAAGGAUCUAGAUAUUAUUCCGGUGGUGGGUAUGCCGGGACUUGGAAAAACCACACUAGCAAGAAAAAUCUACAAGGAUCCUAAGCUUUCAUAUGAAUUUUUCGGCGUCCAUUGGGUUUACGUCGGCCAAUCUUACAAAAUAAAGGAUGUUUUUCUUAAUAUUCUCAAAUACUUCACAAGACGCACCGAAGACUAUCAACAUGAGGAUGUGGACGCAUUAGCUAAGGUGAUAGCCGGUUUUAUCAAGAAAGGAGGUAGAUGUCUCAUUUGUUUAGAUGAUGUUUGGGAAACAAAAGUCAUUGAUUAUGUAAAGACAAUUUUCCCAGAAAAUGAAAAGGGACAUCGAGUCAUGAUGACAACGCGUAACAAAGUUCUGGCUACUUAUGCCAAUUCAGAUCCUCACGAUCUGAAAUUUUUGACUCCAAAAGAAAGUUUUGAAUUGUUGGUAAAGAGAGUUUUUGGCAAGAAACCUUGUCCUAAAGAUUUAGUAGGACAUGGAGAAAGCAUUGCAGGAAAAUGUGGUGGAGUACCACUUGCAGUAGUGGUAAUUGCAGGAGCAUUAAGAGGUCGUCUGAACACAAGUGAUUGGAUAAGAGUUGAGAGAAAUGUG